AUGAUCGAAGAUGAGAUCUACCGCACCUCCUCCCAAUACCGACUAUGGUCUUAUACAAAGCCAUCGCUUCAGUCCCUGCGAAACAAAACGAAUGAUGUCGCCAGUCAACGCGUGCGAGCUGCGAUACAGCGAAGUCGCGAAUCCCAUCCGUCCGCCACACUAUCAGCGGCCGGGACCCCGCAACCUGGGAGCGAUGGCGAAACAAAGAGAUCCGAUGAGAAGCCAAUUGAGUGUCUGACCCCAGAGGAGGAGCUGGUUUUGGUCACAUAUUACUGUGAGAAAACGUUAGAGCUGGGUGAUGAAUACAAGCCUCCUUUGCCCACCAUGGUCCGGGCAACUGCCAUACAGUACCUCCGCCGAUUCUACCUGACCAACUCUCCGAUGACCUAUCACCCCAAAGAUAUCAUGGCGUGCGCGCUCUUCCUCGCGACCAAGACCGACAACUACUACAUGUCCCUCCGGCAGUUCGCAGCCGGUAUCCCAGGCGGACCAUCGGAAGAGAAAGUCAUCGCCCCCGAAUUCCUGAUUAUGCAAGGACUCCGUUUCACAUUCGACGUCCGGCACCCGUUCCGCGGACUGGAAGGCGGCGUCAUGGAGCUUUCAGCAAUUGCACAAGGACAAGGCCAACCCGCACCCCAUCUACCCAACCAAACACCCCAAGAUCUCCAGCGCGGGCUUCUUGCAAUUGCGCCAUCUCCUACACCAUCUUCCUCAAUCGCAGACCGAAUCGGCCGCGCUCACGGCGCAACACGCGAGUUACUCAAAUCUGCCGCCCAAAUGACAGACGCAUACUUCCUCUAUACCCCUUCACAAAUAUGGCUUUCGGCCUUCCUACUCGCAGACCGGCCGUUGGCUGAGUUCUACCUCGACACCAAGCUCGGUGGUCCCCUCGCACAAACGACCGACAACAACCAAAACAAUCUCCAGAACCCUCUCUAUGAACUUCGCAUAAAACUCUUUCAGGUCAUCUCUGAUUGCGCCGCUCUUCUCCAGUCAUACACACCUCUCUCCUCCGACCCAGAUCAAAUGAAGAACCUUAAGCGCAUCGCAAAGAAGCUCUACCACUGUCAAAACCCCGAGAAAGUCAACCUGAAGCGCGACUCGGCCCAGCCGCCGCCUUCUGCGACUGACUCGGCGACGGUCUCUGAGACGGAGUCAGAGCGCCUUGCAAAGAAGCGCAAAUUGGAGGAACAGAAGCGCAGUGCGAAUGAUAUGUUUGGGCCGGAGCUGGUGGCUGAGCGGACUAAGCAUUGA